GAAUAUACUUUACUCUAAGCUGCAAAUAUCCCUUUAUGAUUGAUAAAAUUCCACCGGUAUUAUAGCAUGGAGAUGGCCUAAGCAUAGUAAAAUUCCACAUCAUUAAUUCUUUCCCUCAUUUUUCUAACAUUCUUAUCUCUUUCAAAUCCAUUUCAUAGUUGAACUCUUCUUCUUAUUAAUUAUCUCUGAAAUUUUUGAUCUUCAUCUUUACUGUACCCCCAAGAAGAUCAUCUGGGAAAGUUUUAAAAAAUGAAUUUUUUUCAAGAAUUCUUUGUUACUGCCAUGGUAGCUCUUAUAUUUUCUUGUAUAAUUGUUAAAUUGAUUUCUGCUGCAGUGUCAAACAAUGGAAGGUUUGAUAAAGAGAAAAUUGUUGUGGAGGAAGUCAAGAUUUCAAAAGGGUUGGUUGUUAGGAGUAGAAAAAGUAAGAAAAGAGUCAAAUUUGUUGAACAAGAAGUUGUUGGAAAUGUUGAUCGUGUAGAAACACAAAUACCCAAUAAAGAUGGGGUUGAGGGGUUUGUUGAAGAAAAAAUUAAUGGUGUUUUAAAGAAAGGUGAAGACUUUAACGGAGAAAAGAUUUCUGAGAAUCUUGAUUUGAUUGAGCAUUUUGGUGGUGAAAGGGAGGUGAAAAUUGGGUUGCUGGAGGAAAAGGAUGAAGCUAAGAAGAUUGAGGAAAAAAUUGAGGGUGUUUUAAAGAAAGGUGAUGACUUUAAGGGAGAAAAGGUUUGUGAGAAUCUUGAUUUGAUUGAGCAUUGUGGUGCUGAAAGGGGGAUGAGUGAUGGUCAUGAUGAUGCAGAUGUGUGUAGCAAAAUUGGGUUGCUGGAGGAAAAGGAUGAGGUUGAGAAGAUUGAAAAAAAAAUUGAGGGUAAAUUAAAGAAAGAUGAUUACUUUAAGGGCGAAAAGGUUCCUGAAAAUCUUGAAUUGAUUGAGCAUUGUGGUGGUGAAAAGGAGGUGAGUGAUGGUCAUGAUGAUGCAGAUAUGUGUAACAAAAUUGAGUUGAUGGAGGAAAAGGUUGAGAUUAAGAAGAUUGAUGAGUUGCUUGUUGUCAAGGAGAAAGUUAUCGCGAAUGCUUUGGUUGUUGAUGAAAUCAAAGUAGGUGAAAAUGAGGUGGUUGAGAUAGGAGGUGGGCUGAGUAAAGGGGAUGAUGAGAAGACGGAUAAGAUGGCUAUGGAUGUAGAUAGUGAUGAUGAUUGGGAGGGAAUUGAGAGAAGUGAAUUGGAGGAGGAAUUUGUUAAGGCUGUAAACUUUGUGGAUGGAGGAAAUGGGAAGAAUAGCGGUAUGGAGAAUUUGGGGAGUGAAUUGAUGAUGCAAUUGUAUGGACUCCAGAAAAUUGCAAUGGAAGGGCCUUGUCAUGAGCCUCAACCAAUGGCGUUGAAAGUCUAUGCCCGCGCCAAAUGGAAUGCGUGGCAGAAAAUGGGAAGCAUGAGUCAGGAGGUGGCUAUGGAGCAGUAUAUUAAGCUUUUGUCAGACCAUGUCCCCAAUUGGACACAUCAUAGUAAGGAUGAUUGCGAAGUAGGGUCUUCACAAACUAAAAUGCCUGGAGAACCAGAUUCUUUAAAUGAAAUCAGCAAAGAUGUAAGCUUUUGCAUAUAUCUACAGGACACAGGAAAUGAACCGUGCUGCCGAGGGAGAUGAUUUUUCUGGAGGUGAAAAGGAAUAAGAAUGAGAAGAACUCACCAGCAGGCAUACUGCAAGUUCUGCUUCAAGAAUUUGAGGUCAUUGCAGUCCAUAACACAACUUGGUUCUCCCUAAUGUUUUCUUAUCAGAUUAUGCAUCUACUCUGCACAUGUAAAUAGUUAUUUCUGCUAAAUAAAAACGACAGCUAUAUUUAGAUGAGCAAUGAUCUCUUCGUUUCAGUGGCUUUUUAUUAUAUGAAGUGAAUAAUAAUCUCUUUGGUUCUUAUUAUAAUAUCCCUUUUGGUUCUGGACUUA